GGAUUAACCCCUGGGCGCCUGUCUGGGCGUUUCUCCAGGCGGCCGGGGAGGAGUUCGGCCUCUCGCCCCCGCCCCGCCGCUGGGCUCCCUGGCGCCCGCACUCGCGCUCUCGGAGUCCCUCUCCCGCCCAGGCCCCUGCUGGCUGCGCUCCCUCGGUCCGGCACGGCACGCGGGCGGCCCGCCAGGAUGCAGGCCGCGCACAAGGAGCACCUGUACAAGCUGCUGGUGAUCGGCGACCUGGGCGUGGGCAAGACCAGCAUCAUCAAGCGCUAUGUGCACCAGAACUUCUCCUCGCACUACCGGGCCACCAUCGGCGUGGACUUCGCGCUCAAGGUGCUCCACUGGGACCCUGAGACAGUAGUGCGCCUGCAGCUCUGGGACAUCGCAGGUCAAGAAAGAUUUGGAAAUAUGACAAGGGUCUAUUACAGAGAAGCUAUGGGCGCAUUUAUUGUCUUCGAUGUCACCAGGCCAGCUACAUUUGAAGCAGUGACAAAGUGGAAAAAUGAUUUGGACUCAAAGUUAAGUCUUCCUAAUGGCAAACCAGUUUCAGUGGUUUUGUUGGCCAACAAAUGUGACCAGGGGAAGGAUGUGCUUACGAACAAUGGCCUCAAGAUGGACCAGUUCUGCAAGGAGCAUGGUUUCGUAGGAUGGUUUGAAACAUCAGCCAAGGAGAAUAUAAACAUUGAUGAAGCCUCCAGAUGCCUGGUGAAACAUAUACUUGCAAACGAGUGUGACCUGAUGGAGUCCAUUGAGCCGGACGUCGUGAAGCCCCAUCUCACAUCACCCAAGAUUGUCAGCUGCUCCAGCUGUGCCAAAUCCUAGUAGGCUUCUUUGCUGGCAUAUGAUGGAAAUAAUCCCAUUUAUCUCAUGUCUCAGUUCUUAUCAAUUUGAGUAAAUGUCAGGAUAGGGAUACACAUGCAGCAAGCCAAAGAUCUAUGCCUGUAUAUUUCCUAAAAGAGAGAAAAAUAGCAAAUGUUCUUUUCAUGUUUUUCCCAGCAUCAGCACAGUGUUUACGAGCUUGUUAAAUAUUUAGUCUGUUCCAAAAUUCUGUCUUGUAGCCGACCACAGUUCUGGAGGGCCACAGUUCUGGAGGGCCAGCGUCUGCCCUGUUAUUUUCUUCUUGGAUUCAGCCAUGGCCUCUAGUCUUAAAGAGAAAGGGGAGAAGAGCAGACUAGCUGUCAAGUUCAGCACUGGCUUUCACUUUGCCCCUGGUGCCUUUGUCCAGAUUUCAAUACACUCUCUGUUGGGCUGACAGGCCUAUUAAGUAGAAACCUUUUUUUUCUCCAGAGAUGACCUCCAUUUCCAACAGCCCUAAGAGUUGUCUCUGAUUUAGCCCUUCAGAGUCGAGUACACAGGCUUCCUGUGCUUUUCUUGCUUUUAUUGUCCCUUGCCAUGCCCUGAAUGUUGGUUUAAGUGAAAACUGUAUGAAAAGACCUGCCUCCAUAUGUGCCUUUCUGUUCACUUUCUCUGACUUAAGCCGUGGGGCUCUUCUGUUCAUGUAAUAUAUAUUAUAUAUAUUUUCACAAGUGGAAAAUAAAACAUUACAAGAUGCUGUUUCCCUAUUUCUGAAAAUGCUUUAAGUGUCUUAAUACUGUGAUUUUUUUUUUUUGACUGUGUAGCCAUGGUUCUCAAGACCCAUUUCUAAAAUUUUUUUCAAAAUGCAAUGAGAAAAGUACACUUAAAGGAACUUCUGGGCACUAUUAUACUUAGAUGAGUCUAUCUAUUGUUCAUUUCAGCAUUUAGGCCAAGCAGUGUAUCUACAUUUUCUUGGUUAAGGA